GAGCUCCAUCGUCAAUUUGUUCUUCUCCCAAUAAAAUCGAAAAUCGAAAAGAAGGCGACUCUGCAGAAAAGGCUAGGUUGAUCUCGCUUCUCUAACUGUAGCUAAUUUGUUGUUGAUCCCAUAGUUGGGAAAAAGAAGGCAGCUGUUCGAGUGCUUGUUAAUGCUGCAGUCGAUGAAGGGCGGCGAAUCGGGAUCUCAAACUGGAAGGAUGGCGGCGGCGGCGAAGAUUGAGGUGGAGGAUUUGUCGGAAGAGGAGCGCGGGCCACUCCACAAGCGGUCUAAACAGCAGAGUUUGGGAUUCAGUGGUGUUGCAGUGUCUGCUUCACAAUACAACCCUCUUGAUGAGCCAAGUCCAUUAGGUUUGAGUCUCAGGAAAAGCCCAUCCCUUCUGGAGUUGAUUCAAAUGAAGCUCUCCCAAUCGAAUUCAUCGAAAGGUGGAAAUCAAAGUCAUCGUAGUAAAAAAGAGUCCAGAUCAGGAGCUGCUUCUGGUGAUAAGUUGAAGGCCUCUAAUUUUCCUGGUUCAGUUUUAAGAAUUGGAACCUGGGAGUACAAGUCGAGAUACGAAGGAGACUUGGUGGCAAAAUGCUAUUUUGCAAAGCAUAAGUUAGUGUGGGAAGUUCUUGAUGGGGGUCUCAAGAACAAGAUUGAGAUCCAGUGGUCUGAUAUUAUGGCUUUGAAGGCGAGCUACCCCGAUGACAAGCCUGGCACAUUAGAUGUUGUGCUGACAAGGCAACCACUUUUCUUUAGAGAGACUAAUCCUCAACCUAGGAAACACACUCUUUGGCAAGCAACAUCAGACUUUACUGGGGGGCAAGCUAGUAUGCAUAGGCAACACUAUCUGGAGUGCCCACCAGGUCUGCUGGGAAAACAUUUCGAAAAGCUUAUACAAUGUGAUCCCCGACUGAACUUUCUCAGUCAGCAAGGAGAGAUCACAGUGGACUCUCCAUAUUUUGAACCAAAAAUAAUAUCCGGCUUUGAUGAAGAAAAUGAACAAAGCAGCGAAUUUGAUUUGAAUACAGAAGGAAGCCCUUCCCUUUUCAGCUUACAGGACACUACUUCGCCGUCUAGAGCUCAAUCCUCUUCCUCAAAGAAUGAUAUAGAUGUCGUCAGCAGACAUUCCGAGUCUUACCCUCAGGAAACACUGUCCCCAAGCUCAGGUAGGGGUGGAGGGCCAAUAGUCGAAGAUAUAAAGCACGGUGGAUUUGAGCAGCUGAAGGAGCUCAGCAACUGGGAUCAGAUCCAGGUUCCAGGCCUGCGAUCCUCCAUGUCCAUGACGGAUCUGGUGAGCCAUCUUGAGCAUCGGAUAUCGGAACAGGGAGCAUCAAACAAGCCGAGUCUGUCCACUGAGGAAUGGCAGAGCCUGCAGAUUUUAGACGACAUCAAAAGAUGCUUGUUCAGCGACGCACAACACUUGCCACACUCUGACGAGAAGUCCCUCAUGUCCAGGGUCGAUUCUCUCUGUUGCCUCCUGCAGAAAGAUACACCCGAGCAAUUCAAAAGCGACGACGAAGCUGCUGCCACCAAUCUCUCACUGGCUACAAAGCAGAACGUGGAGGAUGUUAAAUGCAAAGAUAAUUCCGAGGCGAGGGAAGACGCGGCUGGAGCCAUGUCGAGGAAGGACUCUGUCGGGGAUUUGCUACUGAACCUGCCAAGAAUAGCUUCUCUCCCACAGUUCUUGUUAAACAUUCCAGAAGAUUAUGAGAACCAAGCUAGAUAAUAUCUAUCUAUCUAUAUCUCUAUAUAUAUAUAGAUACAUAAAAUCCAGGUGCAGCAGCAGCAGCAGAUGCAGAUGAUGAAUUUGCCUCAGUUAACUUGUAUAUGACGAUAAAUCUUAAAUUAAGAUUACCCUGUCUCGAUCAAUAUCUGUGAGUAAAUUUGGUGGUGUGGUGUGUAGUAUUUAGGGAUUCGGAAAUUUUAAGAUUGAUGAUGAAUCCUCAUGUAAUAUGUUCGUUUGUUUUGUCUCCUCCGAGGUAUGAUGAAUCUUGGUGGGUUUCUAUUUUUGUUUA